UUCAUGCUCAAACACGUUUUUGCAAAGUGAAGUUUUAAAUCACAAUCACAAUCACAAUAUUUCGUAUUAAAUUUUCUGCUGAUUGUAUUUCAUCAACGGCUGACUACCAGAAUACCAGUGAUUCUUUUCGCUUGUUUCGGUUUUCUGUCUCCACAGUCCGCUCUCCGCUGAGCAGCCGUUCAUCGCUAUCACAGCAGCACCAUGCCCGCGACAUCGCUGUACUUUCGCAAACUGUUCUCGGGUGCUCGCGAGCUGAACUACGGGAACACGGUGCUGGUGCAGCGCGACCACGGCCAGUGGUGGUUGGGAUACGUUCAGGACAUUGACGGCGACAAGUUCUUGGUGGACUUCGACGCGGCUGACAUGAAGCCCCAAUGGAUUCAUUCCAGCUGCUUAUGGCCGCAUCCAUCUCUUCGCAGACCGGACGUGUCACGCCAAGGCGAAACGAUCCACGCUGCGCUGCGGCAAACCAACGGGGGACCGCUGGUGCUUCGUAAGGCCAUUAUCGUUCACAAUUCAGUCGGUGGAUUCUUCACGGUGCGUAUGGCUGAGAACGAUUCUGCUGCGUCCCCCGCCAACCGCCUCGUGCUGUGGUCGCACAUCGCGACCGCUCUGCCGAUGCCUGGCGAUGGUGGCAGUUUCUUCCAGCGCAGCUCCGGAUUCCUGUACAGGAAAUACGCCAUCCCCUAUCCGCAGGCGCAUCGGCUGCCCGAUCUGGAUUUCCUCCCGGCGUUCGUGGCCCGUACCUGCCAGUUAUCAUUGCCGCCCGGUCUUCGAGGUGAUUGUCAGUUUUCUGCGCAUGCUAGCGACGACUGCAUGCUGUUCCAGUGCACCGGGCUGCACCCUGACAGUGGAAGCUGUCCCUGCUAUUAUAUCAAUGUCGGUGGUCGUCUGUUCGCCCGACUGGGAUCCGAUACGGUGACGUUCGUCUGCGCCGAGAUGCACCGGGACCGCUACAGACAGAGUAUGUUCUGGGACGAGGAGGACUUGAAGAGCGCCUGCGAUAGCUACCUCACUGCGAGACUAGCGACACUGCCUGUGAAGAUGGACACCACUCCAUCUGAUGGGACUCUGCUUGGCGAGCUGCCGCAUCCGAUUUUGGGAGGAAUAUUCCGAUAUCUUGACGUGGAUUCUCAGUUGCGGACACGCAGAGUGUGUGUUUUGUGGAGACUGCUCAGCACGAGCUACGUGGACAACCGGGACAUCCUCUUGGAUGUCUGCGCCCAAUGCGACCGGCAACCCUAUGGUGACAAAGACUUAGAGGAAGAGUACGAUAAAUAUCUCAAGUACAAUCUGGGCGCCCUGCUGCAACGCAUACAGCCGCACUACACCCGCACGCUGGCCUUGACGGAAGGCCGGAAUCAUCUGCAUAACGGGUUCGCGCUGUGCUCGAAAAUGUCGUCAGUCAGAAGACUCUUACACGCUGAAAGUCGACACCUGCCGCUGAUCAUUGUCAAGAACGGUCGUGACGUAAUCGAUGUGGCUCGUACAAAAGCCUUCCUGGUCUUCCAGCGCAAUGACCUUAACGGCCAGUUGGAAUGCGAUGAAUUGGCGGGGAUGAUGACGGUCUGCGAUGAGCUGAUGCUGAUCAACUUCACCGCGUCCGAAGCCAUCCAGGGAUCAGCCUGCGCGAUAUUGUGGGCCGAUGAUGGAGUGCCCCAGCCGGAUGUUGAACUGGAUCACAUCCGUGAUUCCCCGGAUCGCUUGGAAAUAAUCAUUCCGAUGGUGCGUUUCCAUUCCACACAAACGGCCGCGGAACAAGCACGAAUACUGCUGGCCACGGCUGACGCCCACUGCCCGGCGGCGAGUCAGCGGGUGCUGCAAAAGGUCACCGCCAUCCAUGCGCGCUGGAUGCUGACGUUGGUCUAUCCGGAGCAGUGGAGCGUUAUCCGAGAUUUUCUCAAGCUGUUCAACUGUCUCGGCCCGGAUGACGAUCCCCAGCGGUGGGACACGAUGGAUCUCCGCCAACUGGACAUUCCCUCCUUGACCAAUGUGACCUUUGUGGCUCUUGAUGCCUGCUUCAAAGACUGAAGCCGAUGGGGAUGAUGUUGCUUCCCACGUGGUUAUAGUUUUACGCUCCCAAGUUUAGUGCUGAUUCUUCGCCGACGUUUCGGCCGCUCGUUGGUUUUAUUUGUGGGUGGGGCUUGUAACUGGCUUUCGACGUGAAUAAUCAAACGGUUAAUAGCAAGAUAAGGAACCCUGCUAAAAGAAAUUAAAAUUUGACCAAAUUCACCAUGAUAGAAGCGCGUUUUCAAAAUGACAAAAGCGUGCUAUGCAUAUU